AAGAAAAAGAGAGAGAGAGUCGGAAAAAGUGAAAAAUUGAUCAAAAUUCAGCGGAAAAGGUUUUUUAAGGCAAAGUUUGGAUAGCUGAGAGAGGUAAAUGCUAAAAUGUAUUACAUGCGGUCACAUAAUUCCAAAACAAUGACUAUAUAUAGAGGUUGCAACAGAAUGGAGGAAUGAGAGAAUAUCGCCGAUUAGGACUAUUGAUUGAUCAUAUAGGUCGGUCGAUAUGAAGAAACACUACUUUUACUUGUUCCCUCUUGCAGUACCUGUUUUGCUGCACUAUCUAAUGAUGACCAGUUGCACAGCCAUGAAAAGAUUAAGUUUAGGCACUGAUCAAUCUGCUCUUUUAGCCCUGAAAGCCCAUAUCACUUCAGGACAGCAAGAAUUCUUGUCAGAAAACUGGUCUUCUACAGCUGCUGCAUCCUCUGUCUGUGACUGGAUAGGAGUCCAGUGCAGCUCUCGACACCAAAGAGUGACUGCUUUAAAUAUUUCAAACAUGGGACUCACCGGCACAAUACCUCCGGAUUUGGGAAACCUCUCCUUUCUUGUUUCUCUUGAUCUGAGAAAUAACUACUUCCACGGAAAUCUGCCCGAAGAGUUGUCACACCUGCGCCGCCCGAGGUUCGUCAGGUUAACCACUAACAACUUCACUGGAGAGAUUCCAAUGUGGUUUGGUCACUUCCCAGAACUCCAGUUCUUGUUUCUGGACGGCAAUGGUUUUAGUGGUUUUAUUCCUUCUUCUAUAUCCAACUUGUCAAGAGUGGAAAAGUUAGAUCUAAGCUACAAUUUCCUGGAAGGAAAUAUUCCAGAAAAGAUAGGAAAUCUUUCGGUCCUCAGAGAGCUGUAUCUAUCUGGGGAUGACUUAGUUGGUCAGAUACCAUUGAGUUUAUGCAAGUUUUCUCAACGUCAGGUGCUAGACUUGUCUAACAACAGGUUAAGCGGGCAAAUACCUAAAGAAAUUGGAAAUCUGGAGAAGCUCAAGGAGUUAUACCUCAUCACCAAUAACUUAACAGGUGUAAUUCCCCGAGAGAUUGGCAAUCUGUACGGUUUAGAGCUUCUCGUAUUGGGGAGUAACAACUUGACAGAGAUUGAAUAUAAUGAUAGAUGUGGCAAGUGCAGUGCAAUAUCUCCACGAAGAAUAUUCGACGCUUGUGAUUCACUGUGAUUUGAAGCCCAGUAAUGUCUUACUUGAUGAAGAUAUGGUUGCCCACGUCAGCGACUUUGGUGUUGGAAAAAUGCUCGAAAAGGACGAAAGCUUUGCAUGGACCAAGACCUUAGCUACAAUUGGCUACAUUGCUCCAGAGUAUGGAUCUGAGGGGUUGAUAUCAACAAAAUGCGAUGUUUAUAGCUAUGGAAUCAUGCUGAUGGAAGUUUUUUCAAGAAGAAAGCCAAAUGAUGAAAUGUUUGCUGGAAAUUUGAACUUGAAGAGUUGGAUAAAUGAUUCUCUGCCUAAUUCGAUUCUUCAAGUUAUUGAUGCUAAGUUGUUGAAGCAUGAGGAUGAAAAUUUCACUGAGAAGUUAGAGGGUUUAGCAUCCAUCAUGGAAUUAGCCUUAAAAUGUGUUCGUGAAUCUCCAACUGAAAGACUCAGUAUGAAAGUUGUACUUGAAACACUGAAGAAGAUCAAACCCAAAUUCUUGCAAGUAAUGUAGGCUGAUGAAUAGUUCGGAUCGAAUAUGUAGCAUCUUUUAUAAUCAUCCGAAAAAUUAGGGAAAAGAGGCAAUUUGUUGAUGCCAAAUAAAUCAAAGCACAUGAGCUAUGAAAGACACUGCGUUACUGCAAAUCAAAUUGUAUGAUUAAAAUUUGGAAUUUCUGAAUGUAGACAGAAGCAGGGAAUGGACCAGUGUUCAAAAAUAA